GGUGUCACAGCCAUAUAACCUCACUUCUCACUUUCUGACACUUUGUUUUUAUUUACCCAAAAUUAAGUAAAUAAUAAUUAUUUUUUAGAUUUUAAAGUCCCUGACAAUUGCUUUGUUAUAAAAAUUUCCAUUACGAAUUAUUCACUACACGCUUUUUUCCACGGACAUGAUUUAAUUUACCGUCCAAUUUAGAAUAACCAGUUUUUCCUUAAAAUAUCAGUACAGGUAUAUUUAAAACUGUUCAUGCAUGUAAUUAAGAUAUUUUUUGCUCAGGAAACAAUAUUACUUGAAGAGAACAAAAGUUUAAUUGAUUUAACCAGUACCUUCAGUGAUAUUUAACUGUUCAGAAUAUUUAACACAGCAAAAAUGGCUCAAAGUGCCCCACUAAUUGUGAGAUUACUAGCUUUAUCAAGUAGGGCAGCUGUUAAAGCAGGGAAUAUAAUAAAAGACGUAAUGACUAAGGGAGAAUUAGGCAUUGUAGAGAAGGGUAGUGAUGUGAACGACUUGCAAACUGAAGCAGACAGAUCUGCACAAAAAUGCAUCCUGGGUUCUCUCUCCAAACAGUUCCCUGACGUGACAAUUAUAGGGGAAGAAGGACCCCAUAACCACGAAGAAGAAAUACCUUCUGAAUGGUUAGUAACAGAUCUAGAUGAUUCAGUUCUGGCCAGCACUUGUCCCAGUGAGCUCCAAACAAUCCAGCCCCAAGAUAUAGUUGUCUGGGUGGAUCCGCUCGAUGGUACUUCUGAAUAUACCCAGGGUCUACUAGAUCAUGUAACAGUCCUGAUAGGGCUCGCAGUAAAGGGCAAAGCAAUAGGAGGUGUCAUACAUCAACCCUAUUACAACUAUAAGAUUGAAAAAGAUACUCAAGGAAGGACUGUAUGGGGUCUGGUAGGCUUAGGAGUGGGCGGUUUUACCCCAUUUAAACCGCCUUCCAAUAAAUUCAUUAUAACCACCACAAGGUCCCAUUCGGAUCCAACAGUAGUCAAAGCAUUGGAAGCAUUAAAACCGGAUGAAAUCAUCAGGGUAGGCGGCGCAGGGCAUAAAGUUUUAAUGCUGCUGGAAGGAAAGGCCCACGCCUAUGUAUUUGCUAGCAAGGGAUGCAAAAGGUGGGACACAUGCGCCCCUGAAGGCAUUUUAAGGUCCUUGGAGGGUAAACUGACAGAUAUACACGGGAAAGAAUAUGAUUAUUCCAAGGACGUAGCGUAUCCAAACGCUCAAGGAGUCUUUGGAACCUCGAAAUACGUUAAUCACGAGGAAUUGAUAGCGAAAAUACCUCAAGAAUUAAAAGACAGAUUUCCUUAUUGAUUUGAGAUUACUUUUUAAAAAUAA